GCGGGCGGGAAUGCGGCUGACUAGGGAGCAGAGGGCCCUGCCCGUGCAGCCCGGGAGGGCUGACUGGACGAAGCCGGAGCCCCUGCGCGCCCCCAAACAGGAGCGCUUGCACGUGCUUGCACAGGUCUGCUGUUCCUGACUACGAGUGCGUGCUCACGCCCCGGGUGCCGGCCUCUGCUUUGCAAGGAGGUGGGGGUGGGGCCGCUCGCUCGGUCUCCGCCGGGUCCUGCAAGUCGGUGAGGGCCCCGGAGAGAAUUCCAGAGGAGAAUGAAGAGGAGCGGGUUUGAGGGUACAGGGAGAGACGGUGAGAAGGACGCUCUGGAAUUUGACUGCCUGGCACGGGUUACUACCUCUAAAAUCGUGAACUUACUGCUUAACGCCCUCGAACCUCAGUUUCCCCAUCUGUAAAAUGGGGAUGUUGUUAGUAGCUGUCCCUUAGGGGGUUGUGCGGAUUGAAGGAGAUCAUUGGUGUGGUUUUAAAGUACCUGACUCGUGGUAAGAGCUGUUGAAAGGUUAGCUGUUAGUAUUACUGUAAUUAACCCGAUCAUUUAGCCAGCCUUGGACAUGGUAUUUUGAAGGCUCGGCGCCGCAAAUGCUGGUGGCUUCUUCGUUUUGAAAAGAUUUCAACUACUUUGCAUAAUCGGAUAAUGCUCCCUGCAGGGGGCAAGUAGGAGUGGAACUGACCUGUGGUCAGAGACCCUGACCCCAGCCGCGAGGCCGGGCUCAGCGCAUUCCUGGGGGAGGUCCGCCCUCUGUCUUCUCGCUGCAGCUGUCACUUGCAUAAAAUGUCCUGGAGCUCUGGGGAGCUUCCUCUGGGGGGUUUAGUUAGUAGCCGCAGGAGCCUGGGUCAGGGUGCCCAGGAGCGAGGGAGAGAGUUUCCUUCUGGUUCAGAACCUCGUAUAGGAUUUAGAAAGGAUUCUAAAUGCACCACCGGCUUCUACUCUGAUCUUGGGAAGACUGAGGCGUCUUCCAAGGUCUGCGGAUGUGAGUGGGAACAGUGGGUUGCCAGCAUCGAUGUGGUGGAGAAUGAAGAAGCCAGUGCCAGUGUUGUGGUUAAAAUGACAGACUCGUUUACAGAGCAGGCUGACCAGGUGACUGCUGAGGUCGGAAAGCUCUUGGGUGAGGAGAAGGUGGACGCGAUCUUUUGUGUGGCUGGAGGCUGGGCUGGAGGCAAUGCUAAAUCCAAGUCUCUCUUUAAGAACUGUGACCUGAUGUGGAAGCAGAGCAUGUGGACGUCGACCAUCUCCAGCCACCUGGCCACCAAGCACCUCAAGGAAGGAGGCCUCCUGACCUUGGCUGGUGCCAAGGCUGCUCUGGAUGGGACCCCUGGGAUGAUCGGCUACGGCAUGGCCAAGGGCGCUGUACACCAGUUGUGCCAGAGCCUCGCCGGGAAGAACAGCGGCAUGCCUUCCGGCUCUGCAGCAGUCGCCGUGCUCCCGGUGACCCUGGAUACCCCAAUGAACAGGAAAUCCAUGCCUGAGGCCGACUUUAGUUCCUGGACGCCCUUGGAGUUCCUGGUUGAAACCUUCCAUGACUGGAUCACAGGGAAAAACCGGCCGAGCUCAGGGAGCCUGAUCCAGGUGGUAACCACAGAGGGAAAGACAGAGCUCACCCCAGCGUAUUUUUAAGCUUCAUCUCAGUGCCUCCUCGGGACCUGCCAGACGAGUCGUCUGUCUCAGCGUGGCUGUGUCCAGCCCUGUGUUUUCUCUAAUCCUUUUUGUGGACCGAGAUAGCGAGUCCUGUUUUUCCUCUUUCCCAAUGUGCAUUUUUCCUCCCCGGACAGUGUAAAAUGUUUAUGGGAAAUAAAAAAGAUACAUGAGGGUGGAGGCCCGCAGAUGGCACGUCCGUCUGGGUCAGCGAUGCGAGUUUAGGAGGCGUUGAGUGGGCCCUUCUUGUAUCUGGGUCAUCUCGAAUUGCAUUUGAGACUCCGAUUCUCUGUCCCUGACGGUGGCUGUUGACCCGCCUGCCCAGUUCAGAGGUUUGUUGAUACGGGAGAUGUUUUGGGGGCCUGAGUUAUUUUUGAAUGUGAAAUUUAUGUCAUGGAUAUUGUUGUUGGAGCCUCAAAUUGAACUGCCUUACAACUCCUUUUGUGGUGUAACUAAAAUCCCGUGGAUUCUGUUCAGAUACCUUUUUCCUGUACAGUUGCCAAAAGUGCAGCAGAACUAUUUGUGUUCAUUCGGAGUUUAUCUUGCUAAUAAAUGCACUUCUUCAUUUAU